UAAAAAGGAAAAUAAGACGCGGAAGAAAUUCCUCUUCCUGCGUCUUCCUAGAUACGAAUCCGAUUCAUUCAUUCGUCUUCUUGGGUUUGAUUUCGAAAUCUCAAAUGACCUGAAACAAAACAGCAUCCAAUGAGAUGAUGAUUACAGCGAGCUGCUGCUCCUGCUGCUUCGAUGGUGGACCCCAUUUGGACAGUUGUUUGUGUAGAUUGCUUGCUGCUACCAGUUAAUUGUAAUUGCAGACAUGGAUUUGGCGUCGAGUUGCAAGAACAAGUUGGCAUUUUUCCGAAUAAGAGAGCUGAAGGACGUCCUCACGCAGCUUGGUCUAGCUAAGCGAGGGAAAAAGCAGGACCUUGUGGACAGAAUUUUAACUUUGUUCUCUGAUGAACAAGGUUCUAGGUCACAUGGUUGGGCAAAAAAAAGCUCUAUUGGGAAGGAAGGAGUAGCACAACUAAUCGAUGAUACUUACAGAAAAUUGCAGGCUCAAGGAGCUACUGAUUUAGCAUCGACGGGUCAGAAUGGCUCAGGUUUGAGUGGUGCCAAGCCCAAAGAAGAAGUUGAUGAUUCUUUUGAAUUGGAUAUGAAGAUUUGCUGCCCAUGUGGAAGUUCUUUGCAUACCGAUACAAUGAUUAAGUGUGAAGAUCCGCGAUGCCAAGUUUGGCAACACAUAGAUUGCGUUAUUAUUCCCGAGAAACCUACAGAAGGUGUUCCACCAGAACUUCCAAUUCAGUUCUAUUGUGAAAUCUGUCGACUGAAACGGGCAGAUCCUUUUUCGGUGACAGUGACGGAUCUAUUACUUCCUGUGAAGAUGACUGCUUCGAAUCUUCCAACAGAUGGCACAAACCCAGUACAGAAUGUGGAAGAAACUUUUCAAUUGACAAGAGCUGACAGAGAUUUGUUACAGAAGACAGAUCAUGAUCUACAGGCUUGGUGUAUUCUUCUCAAUGAUAAGGUCUCUUUUAGGAUGCAGUGGCCACAGCAUACAGAUUUACAGGUUAAUGGUAUGCCAAUCAGAGUUACUAAUAGGCCUGGGUCUCAAUUAUUAGGAAUUAAUGGCCGUGAUGAUGGUCCUGCAAUCACGACAUGCUGCAGGGAGGGAGUCAAUAAGAUCUCUUUAUCAGGAUGUGAUGCUCGCAUUUUCUGCAUGGGGGUCAGAAUUGUAAGACGGAAGACAGUGCUAGAGGUUCUUAACUUGGUUCCGAAGGUAUCGGAUGGUGAACGUUUUGAAGAAGCUCUUGCUCGUGUUUGUCGUUGCCUUGGUCGUGGCGCUGCUGCUGAAAAUGCAGAUAGUGACAGUGAUUUGGAAGUCGUGGCAGAUUCAGUUACUGUGAAUCUCCGCUGCCCUAUGAGUGGGUCUAGAAUGAAGGUUGCUGGUAGGUUCAAGCCAUGUGUUCACAUGGGAUGUUUUGAUCUUGAAACUUUUGUGGAACUUAAUCAACGCUCUAGAAAAUGGCAAUGUCCUAUUUGCCUUAAGAAUUACUCCUUGGAGAAUGUUAUUAUUGAUCCAUAUUUCAAUCGCAUCACCUCUUUGAUGAAAGAUUGCAGAGAAGAUGUAACUGAGAUCGAUGUGAAACCUGAUGGUUCUUGGCGUGCAAAGAACGAAUGCGAACAUAGAGAUCUUGUACAGUGGCACUUUCCAGAUGGUUCUCUUUGUGUCACUAAAAAUGGUGGAAUGGGAUCUGAACUGGAAAUCUCCAAGCAGCAGAUUAAGCAAGAAUUUUCUUUGGAAGAACGUACAUCUUUAAAAAUAGGAAUCAAGCGAAACCACAAUGGAAUUUGGGAAGUGAGAAAGCCCAAAGAUAUGCGGCCUACAUCAUCUAGAAACCAUUUAACGGAAAGAUCUGGAAGUAAUUGCCCAAAAGUCAUGCCCAUGAGCAGCAGCGGCACAGGAAGUUAUAGAGAUGGCGAUGAUCCAAGUGUCAAUCAGGAAUUUGGGGGACAUUUUGAUUUCCCUACAAACAAUUGCAAUGAGCCUGAUUCAACAUCGCUCGAUUUUGACCCAAUGUGCAGUGCUGUGGACAGAAUUUCUUCUGCCCCAUUAACAGAUGUAGACGUUAUCGUCCUCAGUGAUUCAGAAGACGACAACAUACUUAUGAAGUCCCCAGACACUGUCCAUGAUGUUGACCCAGUCAAUGGUGAUGAAAUUCUUUUUUCACCCCCUCCCAGGGUUACAGAAUCUUACCCAGAGGACAACCCUUGCCUCAGUGAUUUUGGGAUGCCUCUGUGGCCAUCACCUGCAUGUCCUGAGGUGGGUCCUGGUUUCCAGCUAUUUGGUACUGUUACAGAUGUCUCAGGUACAUUUGUCGAUGUGCAACCUACUCCUGUUCCCUGUCCUGCAACAUUAAAUGGCUGUGGAUUGGCCACUGGCACUAAUAUGCAGGGUGCUUCACAAGUUGAGGAUUCUUUAGUCGGAGGAUCGAACACUGAAACAGAUGUAGGCCUGGUUGAUAAUCCCUUAGCAUUUGGUACUGAUGAUCCCUCUUUCCAAAUUUUCCUUCCCACUCGACCGGUUGGGGUUUCAGUGCAAGCAGAUGCGAGAGAUGAUGCUGAGACAUCCAAUGGCAUCCGUUCAGCGGACUGGAUUUCUCUUAGGCUCGGUGGUGGGAGCAGUCAUGGUGAUUCUGCAGACAAGCAUGGUUCAAAGUCAAGAAAGCAGCAUGCAUCUUUUGAGGGAAGCAUGGAGCCAUUGGAUAAUAAUAAGGAUACUGAAAUCUUGGAUUUGUUUCCUUCUUUGCAGCAAAUUAUCCAGUCAGCACCUUUAUCUUCUUUGCUUCCCAGCAUGAACAAUGAUGAUGAUGGUAGUAGACGGGACCAGGCAGCAUGGAGAAGGCCAAGGUCUGGUGGUCCUUUCUCACAUCCUCGCCAGCCACGGUCUGUACGGCCACGAUUGCACCUUUCAAUAGACAUCAAUGAUUCUGAAUAGGCAAUGAGGUGCAUCUUGUGGGAUGUGGUUGCUCUUUAUUUACUCGAACAAGAUGAGAGGCUGUGCCACCACCAGUACAUGCUAUCCCAAGCUUGGAAUCACAAAGGAAUCUCUUGUUUCCUCCUCUUGAUGAUUUUCUGUCUUGCUGUUUCCAUCUCCAUCUCCGUGGCCUGGUGAAAGGGAGCUCAGUCAUAUGAAAGCCUGGUCUCUCUACAGAAAAGAAAAUUGCCUGCUUAACCAGAAUCUGCAGCUUGAUAGGUGAAAAAUGAAAGAACAAAUAAGUAAAUGUCCAGCAAUUAUGAUGCAGGUUAAAAUCUGGCAUGCAAUGCAGGUUGGUUGGGUUCUUGUCUCAAGUAAAGAAAAGAGAACAUGUACAAUAGAAAGAACCACAAGAAGUAAAAGGCCAUCCCAAGGUAGGUAGGUGUAAGACUUUGGUAGGUGGGAAAGCCUUUUGUAUCAUGCUUCCUAUGUAGAAAAUAGGUAGCCUGUUAAAAUUCCCUGUGCUUGAGAAAUCACAAUCAAUCAAUGAGAAGAUCUUAACAGCUGCUUCCUGUUCAUCAAGCUAAUGACGGCCACAGAACUAGUCAGAUGAUUUUUAACUAGUUCAAAAACUCGAAAGCUCGGCUUGACUUGGCCCAGAGUCUAGCUGGACCAGGUGAAAUCCAAGACGAGUCUUUACUUGAUUGAACUUUAUAUUUAAUGAUUAAAUUAAUAUUAUUAUAAAUAUUUUAAAAAGUCA